UCAUGAUACUGCUGCGUGCAGUCAGUACUUGUGGGCAGUCAGAGUGUGUACUCUUGUGUCAGGGAUACGAUGUGACGGUGUGCACGCAGUAUGAUGCAGGUGUCUACCGAACCCCGCACCAUGACAGCUGCGGCGCCCCGCCGCUACAACUGCGCCUGCUUCUAUGCCGAUAACAUAUACCUGCAGGAAUACCGACUGCAUGUGCGCUACACAGACGUGCCGCAGUUCUACCGGGACUAUGAGAGGGCACUGCAAGAUAGAGGAUGUCGUACUCCUGAGAAAUUUGCGCAUGUUCUGGAAAAGGUUAAGAAAGAAAUGCAGAGAAGAUUGAAGUUAGCUGAGGAAUCAAUGCAAAGGAAAGCAGAUAUUGCACUUUGUUAUAAACCACUGCACCCGGAGGUGUACGUUUUACAGGAAACCUUUUUAUCAGAAGAAUUUUUGGAAGCUGUGCAUUUCUGUAUGUCUCCCAAUGCAAGUCUGGAAGGUCUCUUAAACCACGUUAACUCCAUUCCAGGAAAGAGAAUCUACCGCUUCCCAGUAUUUAUUCCACAGUUUUGCAGUGACCUUGUAGAAGAACUUGAAAACUUUGAAAGAUCACACUUGCCAAAGGGACGUCCAAACACUAUGAAUAACUAUGGGGUCCUUCUGAAUGAGCUUGGAUUAGACGACUCGCUCAUUACUCCAUUGCGUGAGAAAUAUCUACGGCCUCUUGCCUCCCUGUUAUAUCCGGAUUGGGGAGGGAGCUGCCUGGACAGCCACAAAGCCUUUGCAGUACAGUACUCUCUGCACAAAGACUUAGAUCUAAGCUGCCACUAUGACAACUCUGAGGUUACUUUGAAUGUUUCGCUGGGGAAAGAGUUCACAGAUGGCAACCUGUAUUUUUCAGACAUGAGAGAGGUGCCAGCCAAUGAGAGAACAUAUACAGAGGUCGAACACCUCAUUGGUCAGGGAAUAUUACACAGAGGGCAACAUGUUCACGGCGCCCUCCCCAUUACUUCUGGUGAACGGUGGAAUCUUAUUAUAUGGAUGAGAUCCUCAUCCAUACGCAACAAACUCUGUCCCAUGUGCGACAACAAGCCCCAGCUCAUUGAGACAAUCGGAGAAGGAGACGGAUUUACAGUGGUGAAAAGAGAAGACAGAGGAGAUACUGUGGAUGUUUGUACUUUAAUCUAAAUGGCAUGUUACUGUAUUGCUAUAUUAGGCUGGCUUCAAAUAUUCUCACUAAUUUGUAACUUCUCAACUAAAGAAACGGGAGAAGUCGAUUAUUCGUAUUGGUGUGAUAUACAGGCCACCAGGUCAGAAAGAGGAACUGGACAAGGACCUAUUGCAGGACAUAAUUAAAAUGGCAUUAAAAGGAGAGGUAAUAAUCUUUGGAGACUUUAAUCUUCCUGAUGUAAACUGGGAGGUGUCUGUUGCUAGUUCCACUAGAAGUAGGGACUUCAAAUUCACUGCUGGGGGCAUACCUCCACCAAUUGCUGAGGGAGCCCACUCGGAAAGACGCAAUAUUAGACUUAAUACAUACAAAUGGAGACAGAAUAUCUGACAUAAAAGUGGGUGAAAACUUGGGAUCAUCAAGCAGUAUGGUUCAGUAUAAAGACAGAGACUGACUCAUCCCAUACAAAAACAAAGGUGUUAGAUUUCAGGAAGGCUGAUUUUGUAGGGAUUGGAAAAUGUGUAAGUGAUUCUUUGACAGAGUGGAGGAACUUGGAAGCAGUGCAGGAGAGGUGGGAAACAUUAAAAAAUGUGUAUUAAAGGCAACAGACCUUUGUAUCAAAAGUGUAAGGAAACGCACAAGGAAAAGGAAGCCAGUGUGGUUUGCGAAAGAAGUAGCAAGUAUUGUGAAAACAAAAAAAAUGGCUUUUAGGAAAUAUAAGCAGACACAAAAUAAUGAAGACAAAGAGAUAUACCUUUUUAGACAGAAGGAGGUAAUCAGAUUUGCAAAGGCACAAACUGCGGGUAAAGGAGGCAAAAGUUUUUUAAAGGUAUAUAAGCGAAAGGACAAAAACAAAAGGUGGAAUAAUAAAACUAAAGACAGGGAGUCAUGUUGAGGGAGACAAUGUAAUAGCAGAUCAUCUUAAUAAUAAUUUUUGCUCAGUAUUCACUACUGAAAGAGGGGAAGGGGUCACAGUUAAGUUACAGGGAUAUUCAGGAAAACGAAGCAAGCACAUUUACAGAGGAGAAGGUCCUAACAGAACACUCAAAGCUGAAAGUGGACAAAUCUAUGGGGCCAGAUGGGAUACAUCCAAGGAUACUAAAAGAGAUUAAAGAGGUGCUGGUAGCACCAUUAACAGAAUUAUUCAACCAGUCAUUAGCUACAGGAGUAAUUCCAGAGGACUGGAAAAGAGUGAAUGUAGUCCCACUGCACAAAAGUGGAAGCAAGAAAGAGCCAAACAACUACAGACCAGUGAGUUUUAAGUCAGUAGUAAGGAAAUUGAUGGAAACACACUUAAAAGAAAGAGUUGUAGAUUAUCUCAAAUCCAGCAAUCUACAGGAUCCCAAACAGGAUGGAUUCAAUGGGGGGAGAUAAUGUCAAACCUUAUUGACUUUUUUUGACUGUGUGACUAAAGUGAUGGAUAAAGGUGGAGCCGUGUAUAUAGCUUAUCUAGACUUUAGUAAGGCUUUUGACACUGUUCCACAUCGCAGACUGCUAAAUAAACUCGAAAGCUUGGGAUUGGAUACUAAGAUUGUUGAAUGGAUAAGAUCUUGGUUGCAGGAUAGAAAACAGAGAGCUGUAGUAAAUGGAGUGCAUUCACAGGAGGGAAAUGUUACCAGUGGAGUACCCCAGGGAUCUGUACUUGGACCAGUGCUUUGUAAUAUCUUUAUUGGUGACACUGCAAAUGGCAUUAAUGGGAAAGUAUGCCUUUUUGCAGGUGGCACAAAGAAAUGCAACAGGGUAGACACACCAGGAGGGGUAAAACAAAUGAUUGAGGAUCUAGGUAGAGUAGAGGAAUGGUCAAGAGUGUGACAAUUACAGUUUAAUGCCAAAAAAUGCAAAAUCAUGCACUUGGGUCUACAAAAUCCAAAGGCUAAAUAUAGUAUUAAUGGCACUAUACUGGAAACUACUGAGAAGGAAAGGGAUCUAGGAGUCACUAUUUCAGGUGACUUAAAGGCAGGUAAGCAAUGUAACAAAGCUAUGAGGAAGGCUAGUCAGAUGCUUUGCUGCAUUGGGAGAGGAAUCUGCAGCAGAAAGAAGUAAUAAUGCCACUGUAUAGGUCAUUGGUACGGCCUCAUCUAGAAUACUGUGUUCAAUUCUGGAGGCCAUAUCUUCAAAAGGAUAUUAAUACAUUAGAGUCUGUACAUAAAAAGAGCAAGUAAAAUGGUGCAUGGCCUACAUCACAAAACAUACCCAGAAAGAUUAAAAAAUCUCAAUAUGUAUCGUUUAAAGCAGAGAAGGGAAAGGGGGGACAUGAUAGAAACUUUCAAAUACAGUAUAUCAAGGGUUUUAACAAAGUCCAGGAAGGAAACAUUCUCCAAAUGAAGAGGAGCAAUAGGACACUAGGACAUGCACUGAGACUGGAGGGAGGUAGGUUCAGGGGAAAUUUGAGGAAAAAUUACUUCACAGAAAGAGUAAUGGACAAGUGGAAUCCUCCCAUCAGUGGUGGUAGAGGCUAAGACAGUAGAGCAGUUUAAACAUGUAUGGGAUAGACAUAGGGAUAGCCUUACAAAGAAAUAAGGAUCAAAUAAGGUUUGAGAUAAAACUGUUAAAAGAAGAAAAGAAAAAAGGGGGGGUAAACUAGAUGGGCCAAGUGGUUCUUAUCUGCCGUCUUAUUCUAUGUUUCUAUGGGGACAUGUACUAAGCACUGAUAAAAGUGGAGAAGUGGGCCAGUGGAGAAAUUUCCCAUGGCAUUGGCAACCAAUCGGCUGCUCUGUACAAUUGUAUAGUAUGCAAAUUAGAAAUGUUACGUCAAUGCUGAUUGGUUGCCAUGAGCAACUUCUCCACUGGCUCACUUCUCCACUUUUAUCACUGCUUAGUACAUGUCCCCCCAAGUUUCUGAUUGAAGCUAUGAAGAAUCUUAUUCUUGUUUUCUUUGUAUCGAAGAUAUAUAUCUCUCUGAACUAUUUUCAGUCCCUUUAAGCUCAUUAAACUUUAUGCACUAAAGAAAUAAA